AUGCCACAGGACGCUAUGAACAUGUGGAUAGACGAGUUACAGGAAGACCACUUUAGAGUCUGCCUGCGGGAAGUAAAAACAUUUGACGGCAAGCACCAAAAUAUUCAAGUGGUAAGUUGAUCUGUUACAUGAGUUUUAAUUGUUUGUGAGUAAUAAUUUUCACACGAGCUCUGUUGUUAGAUACACUUUUUAAAUUUUUUCAUUUAAAAAUGAGGAUUAUCAAAACACAGUCUGAGUUUUCUGUCAUUUUCGGUUGAGUCUUAUGAAGUAAUAAGAGUCUUCUAAGGUAAAAGUAAAAUAAAAUAUCGGACUGGUCCGUUAAGGUUAUCAAAUCGCCGAAAAAGCGUCAAUGAUCUUCUGAUUCCUUUUGUUAAACUUUCACCAUCCGGUAGAGUUAUUAGCUUCGUCAGUUUUACUAUUACAGCAUCCUCUCUAAGCAGCAAAUACUAAAUUAGCAACUGAUUGCAACAAGCUGUUUUGUUUUCUAGGACUGGUUGGCUUUACCCAAGGAACUGGUGAGAUGACAUUCCAUGGAAAACUACAGUUUGAGAAUGGUGGCGCUCUACUGGAACGAGACAACUUUGCUUUCUGCAAGGUAAUAAACAAAUUUUGGUAGUGGGACGUUGAAAACGUAGAUAUUUGGAAUUUUACCAGCAACUUAUUUGUCUUGCAGUUGGUAGAGCUAAGACAUGAUGAACUUUGCGACAAAUCAAAGAAUUCAAUCCGCUUUGAAUUUUCGAAAGUAAUACAAUUAUCAUGUCCUGUGUUGCCUUUAACAUUUGUAGCAAAUGUAAAACGUGGUGAGAAUAAGGAAGAAUGGUACUUUUGCCUUUCAUUUGUCGUCUCUCGUCCCUUUAAUCAAUAAUGCAAGCUAAAUUUGCUUCCUGUCCCUUCUUUACAGGUCCUUAAAUAUACCGAGACGUUUUAUGCACCUCCCGUUGUUAUGGUAACAGUCAGUCAUCUUUAUGACAGCAAUAACGUUUAUUCUGUUAAGCCGGAGAACAAUGUUCUGAACACCUGGAUACAGGUAAAAUAGCGACAAUCUUGACUGUCAUCCGCACGCUUAAUUGCAACUUGAAAAUUAAUUUAUUUUUACGUUAAAGUAGGCAGCUAACUGAUAGAUUCCCACCAUGUUUAUCUUUUAUCUAAUACGGUGAGUGUUUACGAUUUGUGACCACAGGAAAUAACGAUUUCAACUUUUCGUGUAUGCGUUAAGGACUUGGCAGGAAUGGAAAGCCAACAUGAUCCAGUUAUUGUUCACUACACAGUUAUUGGAGGUAGAUAUUCUAGAACUAAAAUGUAGUGUUACAGUCUUCUUUUGCUGCCGUAGCAUUUCCUUAGUCUCGAUCUCGUAGGUCCCUUGAAACUACUGCAAAGGAUGGUCGAAAGAAGGCUCCAAGAACACUUUCAUUCAGUGCUCCCCUCAUGUUUCUCGUACUCGAUUCGAAGAUCGCAAUAAGUAACGAUGAGUUAGGACUUAUAGAUCUACAGUAAAUAAUUACAGAAACAGUUAGCAAAUUAAAUGACAUAUAAAAUAAUUAAUUGAAAGGAUAAAUAAAUAAAUAAAUAAAUAAAUAAAUAAGAGAACUGACAUUUGAUUUGGCCAAGAUUUGGCAUUUUGAAUUGUUGUGUGUAUCAUUUGUUAACAGAUCUUGACCCGUGCAUCAAUGUUUCCUGCAAGUACUUUGCAGUAUGCAAAGCGUUUGGUCCCAGGGACGCGCGAUGCAUUUGCGUGGAUAAUUGUCCAUCAUUCGAGGAGCCUGUGUGUUCCUCCAAUGGAACUACAUACGAUAACGUGUGUGUGUUCCAGCGAGAAAUGUGCCAUCUCCGGGCAAACUUCACUGUCUAUCAUCCAGGAGAUUGUACUGGUAAUUUUGCUUGUGAGUCAUUAUAUUUUGUUGUAUUUUUUAGACAAGUGAGUUCUUCAUUGUUUACCGGCUCCCUGCGGUGUGAAUAAUCUCAUAGUUGAAUAAACCUCCUCAUGAUUUUCACUCGUGAGUAACGUUUGAUGUUACCCGCAAGGCAGUGUUUAAAUUUCGCUGGCGUACCUUCUCAAAAAUUUGGUUCCAAUUUCCUUUUAAAUUCAAUCUUGAUGUAAGCUUAGUUAUAUAGUUUCUAGUUGCCAAGCUCUGCUUUCUUCUUUGUGGCUUAAGUUCAAUUCAAUCUUGACUGGACAUUUUUUAACCAAACAGUCUCACAAGUUUUUGUUGUUGUUGUUAUUGGUUGUUUUCAGGAUUCCCUUCCCAAAAAGGCCGUCAUCGCCUCAGUCACAACCCAGUCUGGGCUGAAGCAGUUUGCGAACAAGUUCCACUGGAACCUUACGCCUUUUAUCCUGACAAACCGGUUCAAAUACAGGUUUCUGUCAAUGACGUGAACUUCUCAGACCCAGCCUAUGUUCACGAGGCAGUGGUUGCUUGGGUUGAAGACAUCAUGGGGAACAAUUUCACAGUUUGCGUCACACAGGCUGGUAGAAACGAGAGGAGAAAUGGAGAAACGUUUGCCACAGUGGACUGGCUGGCAUACCAAGGAGCUCCUGACGGGGGAGUGUCGGGUGAAAUGGACCUGCCAACCUGGUGGACUGGGACGAACUGUCGUACAGUGUCUUUGCCCUCGGUGAGUUCAAUUUGUAGUAUUCUCAAGUUCAUAGAUAAGAGUGUCUUUUAAGGUUGCUCCGUCAUUGAUACUGGAUCAUUUAGCUCAGUGUGACAAAUUUUCCGUCAUAACUUUUUCGUUUUUAACGCGAUGGCUGCGAAGCUUUGCAAAGAACAACAGAUGUCAUUCGGCAAUAGUAAGAAAUAUUCCGAUUUCGUUGAUGGUAAAUAUUUCUUGAGAAAUUAGCGCUUAAAAGGACCCUACUGUUCAAAGAAAAUCGCGUCUAUUAAAGAAAAUGCUGAUAUUUUUUACUGAAAUUUCUGGUAUUGGCUUUUAUUGAUAUAACUAAUUUUCGGGAGAAAUUUCCGAAAAAUCGUUGGAGCAGAAGUCCGUAACUAAAAGUCACUCAAAAUUCAGCUGUGAAAUUGUUUUGGAAUUUCAAAAAUAUAUUACUAUCAGGUAGAAGGAGCCACCAGUUCGAAUUUUCAGGACAAGUAAAUUCAAUGUUUGCUAAUUAUGAAAACAAAAGUAGGUUGCCUAUCGUGCUAUUCUUUAAAAGGUGCUUUUUAGUUUUAGAAGCACUAUAAAUUGCUCCAAACCUUGCUCUGACGUCGAAUGACUUGUUCCUCGACAUUUUAAAAUACUCUUUGGCAGUUUUGGUUCAAACUCCUGCUACGUACAUUUCGAUGUAUUGCAAUGCAUCCCCAAGGGCUCUUCCUGCUGUACGUUGCUUCCAAUUCAGGGAAAAGGUAUUGGGAUUGUAAGCUACCUUGUAUUGAAGCUCAGAUAGAACUGUCCAGCACUUUUGUUUACGACUAGAAAAUGAGUACGAGCGGCAGCUCUGCGAGGAAUUCGCACCUCAGCCAGGGGGGACGAAUGACGAACCGAUCUGUGUAAACAUGUAUUGCAGAGCAAAACAUAAUAAUCAAGAAAAAACUACCCAUUCAUUGAAGGAAGGAGUGACAACAAUUUCGGAGUUGUAAAUUUAUUUACGGGCAGUAUUUUUGCGAUAAUUUUUAAAUUUUUUUUUUUGCGAUAAUAUUUUUAAAAUGUCGAGGAACAAGUCAUUCUACUUCAGAGCAAGAUUUGGAGCAAUUUAUUGUGCUUCUAAAACUAAAAAGUACCUUUUAAAGAAUAGCACGAUAGGCAAUCGGCUUUUGUUGAGCUCAUAUGUCAGUGGUGUGAGCGUAUGUAUCUUUGUGGCUUUGUAACUUUGUAUCUUUGUAACUUUGUAUGUUCGGAUGUUUGUUGCAAGAGCCAAUAAGGUUGAAGGUACUAUUAGUUGAUGCUUAGGAACCAAUGAGAUCUUAGCAUCUACUUAAACAUGACAUUGGUAAAGGUCGAACAAGGGCACUUUGAGACCGCCAUCUUUAUUCACAAUUUUUUCGUCUUUUAUUACGGCUACAGGUGUUUGGAAACAUUAUAUUAAAUAUCUUCAUUAUUCAAACGCUGUGUACAGUGAUGCAGCUGUUUAAGGGUUCAUAUUUUAGUAUGGAUGCUGCUUCAAGGCAUUUCUGAUCUAAUUCGGCUAUCGGUACAACGCACGUCAGUAUGAGUUCUGUUUCACCUGCUACAACUUGGUAGAGUAUAAAAGAUCAUAUAUUUCAAAGCUCUUCCAAUGAAGCAAUAAUUGAUAGCGGAGCUCUGGCGCGCGAAGCGCGCCUGUGGAGCACCAUGGGUAAGUAAAUCUACCCAUCCCAGAAAAUUUGGUAAUCACGUGACCGUACACCGCCUUCAGCCAGCCCGUCCGUCCGCACCACAGGCAUACCAACGCAAAAUUUGGGGUAGUCUGUGUCGUCAGUGAGUGAGGUUUUUUUUUUGGCGCGAAAACGAAUGGCCACCCGCGUUUUGUAAAGGGUAAUCUUAAAAGUUCAGCGAAGUUAAUUCAGAACAAAAAGAAAUUUUUCGUAUCGGUUGACGGAAAUUGUUUUUACUUCUAUAUUUUAUUUAAUUCGAAACUAUGCACCCUAUAAAAUGUGGUUUUAGAAGUUUAAAAAGGCAGCUUAUUUUUGUGAAACCUGUACCGAGUAUUGUUAAUCCUGUAAACGAGCUUUAAAAAUGUUAUUCUCUCGCUUACAAAGUUCAACAGACCUUUUUCGUUCUGGCAAAACAAAAAAAAAGAAUAAUAAGUGAACAACAUGAUGCAUCCUUCCUGCAUACUAAGUAAUAUAUAGAUUUAGCCAGGGCUAAAAGCGAAGCUCCCUUUAAUAAAUUCAUAAUUUAAAUCAAACAAUAAACUUGUAAUCCGCAGAUCAGGGCACAUUCAUUUGACGUUUGAGGCAAAGGCUAAGUGAUUUCAGAGAAUAAUUUGACAGUCCAAGAGUGAAACAGCUUUUACAUCGAGUUAUUAAAUAGUCUUAUUUGUACACCCAAAAAUAGCAAUCAUGUUCGAUCACAGUAGAUUAGGCCUGGAAAACAAGUAGACCUACCUAUUCGUGUAUGGUAUUUGCAUUAGCUGUUGAAUCAUAAUGUGGCAUUCACCACUCCCUCCAACAUUGCUCCGUUUGAGAGACUAUGGAUAAUUGGACAACCCCAAAAUAUAAUUUUAAGAAACACAGGCGCCACGAUAGUCCUUGGUGGCAGCCAAUUUACACGUUGCAUUCCUCUGUCUAAAAGAGAGGCCAAAAUAAAAAAUCAGGCCGGAUUUUUUGUGUUCGACAAGUUUAGUUUACUAGUAAAUCUUGGCGACGAAUCUGGUGGCGUGUAAACCAGCCUUUUAAACAUACUUUUUCUCAUCAGGUCUCAGGUAAACAGUACUAUGAGGCCCUUGUUUUUAUCAUACAGACCUCGGACAGAAUUUGUUCUUUUUUGCCCUAUUUAAACCUAUAAUUCUGCAGUUUUUCACAAUUUUGCCAGAGAAUUUGCACUCAUUCAAUAUCCACGACGAUCAAAGCACGCGCUUCCUUUGCACAACAAAUUAUAGCAUUGAAUUAUAAAACGUUUUCAUGAAGAGAAUUCUAUAAUGUCAGGACUUUCAGUUAGAAAAAUCUGGUCGUAUGUGAUAUGCAGGGUAAUAUGGGCUUUUAGUGAAAACGAUAAAAAAAUUCCCAAAAUCACUUUUCGGCCAGCCGGACGGGGCUCACUUUUGACAGGCACUAAAUUUGCAGUGCGAUUAAUAGAGUUACCAUUUACGCUUCAACAUGAUAGAUAAAUUGUAUGUUUAGGUUUUAUUUCUCUUUAUUUAUUAAACUGCGUACGGUUUUGUUAUGUGUAAUCUUUAAAAGCGAGUGAUAUUUACGCGCGGUGUUUUGAGUAUUCCUGCAUGAGAUGUUUAUGUUCGACUGGAUACAACCGGUGCAGCGAUAAAAAUUGCGAGAGGGACUACUAACAAUCAAUAAAAUAAAUAUAAUUCGGUGAAACAUGUACAGAGACAAUAAUUUUCAUUCACGAAGAGAAGUAUUGAGAGUAAAGUGUCUUUGAAAAUCAUGAGUCAGGUAAGCAUAAGCUUAUUUAUGUUUUAAGCCGGCUUCCCGGUGUUUGCUCUUUUUCAAGAAGAAAGAAAAUCGCUCAGGGCUUUCUGUUUACAGCCAAAAUCAUAAGUAAAUAAUCUUCGGAACAUUUUCUUUGAAUUUGCGGUCAAAAAAUGUCUAAAGGCUUUUUAAACCUGAUACUAUUGUAGGUUAGAUCAUUGCUCGUAUAUAAACUUAAGCCGCAUAAACCAUACGCUCGACUUCAGGAAACCGAAAAAAAAACACAUCAAAGACAACAAUUUCUCAGGCUUACCAGUCGAGAUGCUGCUUCUGAAGGUCAUCAAGUGUUCCAGAAUUUUCAACCCUCUUACGCCUCAAGCAAGGGCAAGUGAGUAAGCUCACUUUUGAAAACGAUGCCAUCCGAAAUCGGAUUUCCAAUGACUUUGACAAGCGGUGCAUUUGUCAACAAAGAGCGCAAUAAACAAACCAGCCAUGAAUUACAGAACAAUCUUGAUAGCAGCUGUAUUUCAUUUUGUAAACCAAGUAGAAAAAGCCAGUUUAAAACAUCACAAGAUGACACAAAACUCUGUAAGCUCCAGCUAUCAGUAAGCAAGUUUCCAGACGCUGCAUAAAUUUUCCGCAUGAACUCACCUGUCAAAUUUUGACCAAUCAGAACAUAAAAAUUGGACGUAGAGCGUGAUCAACGCGUGACAGUGAGAAAAGUCAAAAGUGGUUGCCUUCGCUGCAUGUAAAUGUAAAAGCCGGUUGAAUUUUCGCGUCCGAGGUCAGUUCGAAAUCAACAUUUUAAAAGUGCGGCUCAUGAACUCGACUUAUUUCAUAUGGUUUUUAAAAAAAUUGAACUUGAGCCUGCGAUAAUUGAAAAGUAGCAACCUGUCAGCGGAUACGUUAAAAAAACACUCGAACUCAGUGGGUCGAUACCUGAGCCCGCGAUAGGGUCAGGCGAUACUGGUCAGCAGAAACACUAUUUUGACAGCUGUCAAUUAAUCAAAACAUGGAUGUACAAUAUCAGUUUGCAGGCUCCCAAACUAGCUAAAAAGUGUGAGAUUAAACAUUGGUAUACCUGUGGUGCGGACGGACGGAAGGUCGGGUGGUCGGUGUACGGUCACGUGAUUGCCGAAUUUUCUAAGAUGGAUCGAUUUUCUAAGCUAUGGGACUUCGCUAUGUCAUAACCAAAUUUUCUCAGAUGGAUAGUUUACCAAAUUUUCUUACCCAUGGUGCUCCGCUCUGCGCGCGCUUCGCGCGCGCGAGGAGCUCCGCUAUUAUAGUUUCUGAAACGUAUUUUAUUUAGUAAAGAUGUGUAACUUAAGUAGAAACAGUAGCAUUAGGGAAUAAAAUUGGAAGAAGCUAGUUGACACAAUGAUUAGAUACUGUUGUAUUGAGUGGAGUAACAUGAGACAAGUAGAAAUAUAUUUCGGCAGUUUGAUAAUCAACCUUGACGUUGCAUGAAACAUAAUUUAAUUGCAGAUGUUGUAAUAAAGCCGAGGUGAUUUCUUAAAAUCGCUUGAGAAAAUUUUGUAGUAAAACAAUUUGCCUUUUUUUUACGUACGAAUUGUAAAAGGGCCAAAGACCAACAUCUUCACAUGCAAAUUGUGUGCAUGAGUUAUUUUUAUAAUUCUGUUUACUAGAUUACUGUGUGAUAACUAGAAUCCCCUCACGUACGAACCACGAAAGGGGGCAAAGUCCAACACUUUCACGUGCCAGCUGUGUGACUGUACAUCUCAUGCAGAUUGGCUUUUCACAAUAAUAAUAGUAACUUGGACGAAUGAAGACCUGUUUCGUUUAGUAACCAAUGCCCUAAAAAAGGCUCUCGUCUUUUAAGAAGCAAUAGCCUUUAAAACAUGAAGAGAAAUAAGUUGUCGGAGUUAAAGACUGUCUCACAAAUGUUAAUAAAUGUUAGGUUAUCAACCUUGACGUUGCAUGAAACAUAAUUUAAUUGCAGAUGUUGUAAUGAAGCCGAGGUGAUUUCUUAAAAUCGUUUGAGAAAAUUUUGUAGUAAACAAUUUGCCUUUUUUUUUACGUACGAAUUGUAAAAGGCCCAAAGACCAACAUCUUCACAUGCAAAUUGUGUGUAAGAGUUAUUUUUAUAAUUAUGUUGGUACUAGUUUACUGUGUGAACUGAUAACUCGAAUUCCCUCACGUAAGAACCACGUAAGGGGGUAAAGUCCAACACUUUCACGUGCCAGCUGUGUGACUGUACAUCUCAUGCAGAUUGGCUUUUCACAAUGAUAAAUAGUAACUUGGACGUAUGAAGACCUGUUUCGUUUUGUAACCAAUGCCUUAAAAAAGGCUCUUGUCUUUUAAGAGGCAAUAGCUUUCAAACAUGAAGAAAUAAGUUGUCGGAGUUAAAGACUGUUUCACUGAGUAGAAUCGCACGUGAAAACCUCGUGAAUUAUGAUGAUGCAACCAUCUACCACAAUGAUAAAAAUCCUGGUAUUUCGUAACUAUUCGGUAUUCCAUGAGUCACAUUUUGGCUUAAGAAACUCCGAGGAAACCUUAGAGUUUUCCUUCUAAUCAACGUUUGGUGAGUAGAAAUUUAUUUUACUUAAACAAUUUGUUCAACUUGCACCAGAUGUAACAGGGAAGGACAGAGGAAGGUGAGUAUAUAGGUUGAGGAUCGACUCAGCUGAGCGUUUCGCGUUUUCAUUUAUGUAGCGCAAUACCCAAUUUCGCACAAAAACCAAAUCUACAUUUAGGAUGAAAAAGGUAGAUUCAUCACUCUUGGCAAGGUUACACCGAAGUAUUAUAGUUACACUGAAGCAUUCAAAAUAGCUCAUGCACGUUUAACGUGCCUAUGUUUUUAAGAAUUAGCAAACAUUGAAUUUACUUGUACCGAAAAUUGAAACUGGUGUCCCCUUCUUCCUCAUAGUAAAUUAUUUUUGAAAUUCCAAAACAAUUUCACUGCUGAAUUUUGAGCGACUUUUAGUUGCGGACUUCUGCUCCAAAGAUUUUCCUGAAAAUUAGAUUUUCAUUUAUUUUUUUAUUGCGUCCUUGACUAGACCUUUUAAUAAAAUAUAUGUACACAAAAUAUAUUUUUCCUACCAUAAACUAUAAAUUGUUGGAUUUAUAUAGCUGCCUUAACAUGGCAUAUUAUUUAAGUAAUUCGUACAUGAUAUCACCGUUUCUUUUUUCUUCAAAAAUAUAACAAGAAUUUCGAUUUUUAGGUUCGAAUUCUAUUAAAAAUAUAUUUGAAACCUCUUUCUAACAAUGUUGCUUUUGCCUCGAUUGUCGUCAUCACAGAGAAAGUUUACUUCAGCGCCCACAGUCCUAGUGUCAGUGGAGCAUGAAAGGCGCGGUGUAAAGCAUGAUGCCUCCUCUGUGUGA